AUGCGGGCGCUGCGUGCCCUCAACGCGGUAUCACACGACAUUGAUUUGUUCGAUUGUACUCUGAAUGAAUUCGCACAGACAGUUCAAAUCGAAAGAGAAGCAAUGAAGAAACUCCAGAACGUCCGGAAGGAUCACGAAAAGCGAUUGACUGAAUUGGAGAAGGCCCAGAUCGAGGAUAAGAAAGCAGCCGAGAUGAUCACCAGGAACGAACAACUGGUCGAACAAUGUAGGAUGGCAAUACAGUCCGCUAUUGCUAACCAGAUGUCCUGGGACGAUAUAAAGCUCCUCGUACAAACAGCUCAAGACAACAAAGACCCAAUAGCCUCGUGCAUAAAGCAGAUGAAACUGAACAAAAACCACAUCACGUUGCUACUAACUGACCCUUACGAGGACAGCGACGAAGAGCUGAAACCCAUGCUGGUGGAUAUUGAUUUGUCGCUGACUGCCUUCGCUAAUGCCAGGAAAUACUACGACCAAAAACGCAACGCAGCGAAAAAACAGCAAAAGACCCUAAGUUCAUCAGACAAAGCGCUAAAAAGCGCCGAACGAAAGACGAAACAGACGCUGAAGGAAGCUAACACUAUCAGCAACAUCACCAAAGCUAGAAAAACUUAUUGGUUCGAAAAAUUCUUCUGGUUUAUAUCAUCGGAUAAUUAUUUGGUAAUAGCGGGUCGCGAUCAGCAGCAAAACGAGCUACUCGUAAAACGGUACAUGCGGGCGACAGACAUCUACGUGCACGCUGAAGUAACAGGCGCGUCCUCUGUCAUCGUUAAGAACCCUAGUGGUGGGCCAAUCCCGCCCAAAACUCUCGCCGAAGCUGGGCAGGCCGCGGUGUCCUACAGUGUGGCCUGGGAAGCAAAAGUACUAACCCGUGCGUGGUGGGUUCACGCUCACCAGGUGUCGAAGUCGGCACCCUCUGGGGAAUAUCUCUCUACUGGCUCGUUCAUGAUUCGUGGCAAGAAGAACUAUUUGGUACCUGAACAACUGCAUUUCGGAUUCAGCUUUUUGUUUAGGCUGGAGGACAGUUGUAUCGAACGGCACCGCGACGAACGUAAGGCCAUCGUGGCUGACGACGCCUCGGACGUCACUUCUGUUCAAGAGGACGAGCAGGAGAUUAUUGUUUCCGAUGACGAUGAACAAUCAGACAAAGAAGACACAAAAACAGACAAACUAGACACGAUAACAGAGGAAUCAAAUACCACCGAUAACAAAGAACAGAAAAACCACAAAACAGAAUCGGAAAACAAGGAUACCAAAGAAGGGAACAGAACAGAAACAGAGAUCACUGAUCAACAGGAUGAUGAAGAAGGUAAUGACGACGAGACGGCUAAGAUUGAAGAGGAAAGUCUGUCGGAAAGCGAAGAUAGUUCGUCGGAAUUUUUUCCUGACACACAUAUUAAGGUUGACCACGGCACCGGACAGGUGACAAUGGAGUCCAAAACGCGUACAAUUUCUGAAAUGUCAGACAGGAGUGACGACAUAAUGCCUUCAUUCCCGUCUCUCCCAAAAAAAGGAGGCAAGAAACCGAACAAAAACGAAAAGAAGCAGGAAGAAAAAAAGGAGCCGCUGAGCAAAAGAGGACAGAAGGGGAAAAUGAAGAAGAUUAAGGAGAAGUACAAGGACCAAGACGAAGAAGACCGGCUGCAAAGGUUGGAGUUGCUGAAGUCAGCACAAGCACUGAAUGAAGAAAAGAAAGCUCUCAAAAAGAACGCUGGCAAAGGCACCAAGAGCAAAGGCAAUCAAAAGAUGCCCAAGAUCCCUCAGCCCGCGCCUCUUAUCCUUGAAGCAGAGUCUGAGGAGGAAGUCGAACCUGAUCAGGAGAUGGAAGCGCAAGGUCCCGAUGCAGACACUGAAAUGCUGUGCCAGCUUACGGGAUGUCCUCUUCCUGAAGACGAGCUGCUGUUCGCAGUUCCCGUCGUCGCACCAUACUCCGCGCUACACAACUACAAGUAUGUUGAUUCUUCUUUAAACUACUUAUUAAACCCAUGUGUGCACGCCCAUAGCGUACUUCGCCAUAUGAGUAGUGUUCUGUGCUACUUCGACAUGACAGUUGACGCACGUGGUCGCUGCGCGGGGGCAACGGGAACUCCGUGA